AUGGUGAUAAAUGUUACAGCUAUAAUGGAACAGUUUCAGAUGUUGCCUUGGAAAUGAAAGACAGAUCCUUGAUUUGGUAUAUUGUAGAUGAAAAAUACUAUAAAGAAUUGGAAAAAGGUGGUGUUCUUAUAUAUAUAUUAUUGUGGGAUGUUGAUGAACUCGAGAAGGGAUUCUAUUGCAUACUUGGACCUUCUGAUAAGAUUGAAGAAGAAUAUAAAAAAAUGUGGUCUAAAAAAACUAUUUGGGCAGUUGCUACAAGGUCAAAUAACAUUAGUCAUAGGAUAAUUCACAUUAACACACUUAAUUAUUUAUCAAGUAGUUACAUAUUUGUCUCAGUUUAUAUUGAGAAAAGAAUAAUGAACAAAAUAAUGACAGAAGAAAAACAGAAACUUAAGGAAUUUUUACAAGCAAGUGAAGGUGAAGGACAAAUAUCACCAAUAAGACGUACAUUAUUUGAAGGUGUUACACAUAGAUGUCUCCAAAAUGGUGGAACAUUCACUAUACAUCAUUACAACCGUCCAAUUGCUCGAAAUUUUUCAAGCAGUGAUGCAAUAUCUCCAUCAGACUAUAUCUACCAAAUUACAAUUUCAAAAAAUUAUGCAAUCAAAUGGGCACUAUUAGAAGCAAUUAUUAAGAAAUUAGAUGAAAUCUACAAUGAUAAUAAACGAAACAUUAGAUUCCAUUUUGUUGUUUCUGAAGACAAGUUUGGUAACUAUCCAGAACAAAAGUUCCUAUAUCAAAAUGGAAAG